CUAGUGUCUUACAUACCGCUAGCUAGCCAAAAUAGCCAUCGACGUAAAAAUGAGGCUAGGGCUCGCGCUGAUUGGCGCAGAAGCUAUUACGCUCGCGCAUUGAUGCUACAACCAAGCCUCGCUGCGAAAAACCAUGGCUAGCGGCUUAAAAAUCAUACUGCUCUGCACACUCUGCUGCUCAGCAGCUCUCAGCUUCGUCGCACCGACGCCAGCGCUGCGCGGAACAACGCCGUCGAUGCGACCAUCGAUGCGCCGAGUCAAACCUGCACAAGUUUUCCCACCCAUUUGGCCAUAUGUCGGCUGCGACGGCUGCGUCGGGGCGGGAGCGGCGGGCCUCUUCGUCGCGCUGGUCAGCACGGGCUUCGGUCUGCCCGUGUCCGAAGAUGUGUUGCUGGUGUCGCUCGGCUCACGCCUCGGCGCCAUGCGGCCGGCGACCCGCGCCGCGCACUGCGUCGCCGCGGUCGCGGGGUGCGCCCUCGCGGAUGUUGCGACGGUCUCCCUCGGCUGCGCUUUGCGCGAGAACGAAGAGUCGCUGCGGGAACAGGCGCCCGGCUUCCUCGGCCGCCUGCUCCGCUCAAUCGGCAGGCAGCUCGACAAGGAAACGCGGCGCGACGGUGCAAGAUUAUUCCGAGACCUGGAAGAGCGCCUCCGCGGCGCCGUCGACGGCCUGAAGCGGCUCGUUUCUGGUACUCCACCGCCGCCGCCGCCCCGCGACUGGAUGAAAAUGUUCGUGAUGCGGCUGCGACGGCUCACGUGCAAUACGCGGACGGCCCUCGCGCGCGCGGGCCAGGCGAUCCAGGCCCUCAUGCCGCUGCGCAAUGAAGACAGAGACGAGGGCCCGGCGGCGCUCGGCGCCCGGCUCCGCGCGUCGAGUGGACAGCGGUGGCCCCUCGCCCUCCUCGCCGGCCUCCGCGGGCCCGUCGACCGGCGGAAGUACGCUUUAGGCGCCGCCGCGGCCUGCGUGACCAUGACGUUGCCCGCUCAACUCGCCCUCGGCGCUAUCAUCGGACCGUCGCGGCGAGGCAUCGUGGCGCUCCAUGUAGCCGUGGCCUGG